CCUUCAGAGCAGAACGAUUGAAAAUUCGUAGUUGCAUUUUUUUCCUACACAAUGAAUCAAGAAUUUAAUGAUAUCGUGUCACCAAGAAAACUUCGGCAGAGCCCUAUUCGUCCAAGCGGAAUAAAUCCGCCUUCUCAAUCAAGAGGAUUACCGGCGCCAGGAGGACUUCGACAACCGAGUGGAAUGCGGCCUCCAAGUGGAGGUCUACAACAGCCAAGUGGAAUGCAAGCACCAAGAGGAAUGCAAGCACCGAGUGCAAUACAGGCACCAAGGGGAAUGCCACUACCAAGUGGAAUGCAAACACCAAGGGGAAUACAAGCACCCAGUGGAAUGGUAACACCAGGUGGAAUGCAAACACCAAGGAGAAUACAAGCACCGAGUGGAAUGGUAGCACCAGGCAGAACGCAAGCACCGAGUGGAAUACAAGCACCAAGGGGAAUACAAGCACUAAGGGGAAUACAAGCACCAAGUGGAAUGCAAACGCCGAGUGGAAUGCAACCACCAAGUACAGUACCUCGACCACCGAGUGGAAUGCAGCCUCCAAGUGGAGGACUUAGACAACCGAGUGCAAUGCAACCACCUAGUGGAGUAUUUCGACCAUCGAGUGGAAUGAAACCCCCUAGUGGAAUGCAACCACCAAGUGGAGGACUCCGGUUACCAACCGGUCUUCUUCCACCACCUCCUGAGCUGGAAGUCCCUCCAAUACCACCUAGGGCGCUCAUAACUCCAUCCGGUGGUUUACGAACACCUGCAGGUACCCGGACACCACCAUCUGCUCAACCGCUACCUCGUCCAGGUCUAAGACCACCUACUGCAAUACCGACUCCUUCAAUCCCACACGAUCCUCAAACAAGUUUACAAAAAGUGAUUGCCCUUCCUGGGUCUCCAGAAAAACUUAUGACCGCAUCAAAACCGGUUAGAUUUCCAGGAUCAGGGAUCUCAAAAUUAGCUCCACUUUCAAGCAUGCGAGCUCCAUCCACAGCGUUACCAAAACCAGCCUUCAUACAGGCCAGUGCAGCACCUGACAUUCAACGAAUCGCACCACCAGCGUCAAGGUUUGCUCCUCCCACUCGACUUCAGGCAUCGGCUGCUAGAUUAACUCAACCAUCCACUGUGCGUAGACCAGUUUCUCAAGCCGCUCCUAGUCCUCAACGGAUGAGCCUACAUUUAGUUUCUCCUUCGCGGCCUACAACUGCUCCGGAGUCUCCAUUGCACCGAACACCGAGAUCAAGUCCGGUGCAAAAACGCUUGUCGCCGAUCGUUGGUUCGCCAAAACGUGUUCGUAUAACUACCGACGAAGGUGCUCCCACAACGGAGGCUAUCAAAGAGAAAGCGCGGCGUGCCGAACAAGAGCUUGUCCGACAAGAGAAACUAGAUGACCAGAAACAACAAAUUGAAGUGGAAAAAGAGUAUCGUAAUAUACUAGAGGAACGAAAGAAUAACAUUCUCAGUCGCAGGCCUCUUGCGAAAGCAGAACGCGAGGAGAUCCGGCAACGUUAUCAGGAAGAGCAGGCGACAAAUUAUACUGCCCCAACGGAAGAGGUGCUAGAUACCUCUGUACGAUUAGCCGAGAUUAUGGAACUGGAAGAAACAGGUGUUUCGAUAAAGGACUCCCCAGAAAAAGUGGUGACAGCUUUGUUCCCGGAGGCGGUGCCGACGGCGGAUAUCAGUGGUGCUGUCGGAGAUAUUCUGAUUCCAGCUGUAAUCCCUGUGGAAAAUAUGACCACCAUCAGCAGUCUGGAUCGAAGUACGGCCGAAGUUGCUCUGAAGGCCGGUUUGGUUCCAGUUCCAGCGGACGAUGCUGCCAAGAAAAUACUGGAGACUAGGUACAAACCUACAAACCUUCGGAGCCUUCGCGAUAACACAAACCUGGCCACAAACGUAAUGCAAUUGCAAUAAUCCACACAUACUUACGCCCACGAUUCCGCCUAUAUGAAAAAAACCCCGGUAGUUAAAUAAACGUAGCUUCUUUAAACUUGCAAACGCGGUCUCAAACAUUAACCUACCACUCGCGCAAUCAUGAAACGGUC